ACAAUUUCACAUUACAAUGUUUGUCACGUAUUUAAGAUAGAAACGUAGUCGGGUUCCCUGGCGUAGAAAGCUUUAUAUACUAGUGCCUCACCGUGAGUGCCUAGACUUGAGUUAAGAGUUUUCUGUGUCUGUGUUUGCAAUGGCCCUGGUGGAGCUGCUUGGAGAAACCCUGCAGAAGUCAGGGAAAGGGACGACGGUAGACACGCGCACGCUGGCGGGGGAGGGGCGGUACGUGGGGCUGUACUUCUCGGCCCUCGGGUGUCCUCCCUGUCACCGCUUCACUCCCAAACUCGUCCGGUUCUACAACGAGCUAAAACAGACCGAGAAGGGGGAGAGUUUCGAGAUCGUGCUUGUGUCGGGAGACCCGGACAGGGAGAGUUUUGACGAACAUUUUGAGGAAAUGCCCUGGUUGGCUAUUCCGUUCACGGAUGCACGGAAAAGGCUGAACCUGUGUGAUAAGUAUGAGGUGUUGGGGAUUCCUGUACUGGUUAUUGUGGACGCGAACUCUGCCGAACUCGUCACCGACAGAGGCAAGCACGGAGUCACUACAGACCCGACGGGAGAGAACUUUCCGUGGAAAUAAUUGGCUUAAAUUUAUGUACAUGAACAUUCUGAUAUUGUGGAAAAUGUGGAAUCUGCUUUGUUGCAUUGGCUUCAUGGUGCUGCCUCCUAUCUAUAGAAACAUCAACUGCAGUUUGAUUUGACCAAGGAGGUUUACCUUCAAG